CGAGGGGCUCGUCGCCGAGGAGCAGACCCGCUUCAUGUGGACUUGCUGUGUUUUCCAUGUCUGACUAGCAUCAUCCCGACAGAAUGUGAAAGCAUCCCCAAGCCGAGAUCAGGGGUGCCAAUGCCGAUCGGGAUGGAAGAUCUCUUCGAUGUGUUCAAACACUCCGCCCACGUGGACUGUUUUGCAAAUUCAUCGCCGAUACUAGCAUGUAACCCUCUUUUCGGUCAAAAAAAGCGUCGAAGGUGAUAUAUCUAUCACAAACGCCAUUUGCCGUACUCCACCAAGUUCGUCGCUCCCUCACACCGGUCUACAACAGAAUGACUUUAAUCUCAAAUGAUCCCAGUUGGUGGCCUUCUAUCAAUGCGAGUCACAUUACUAGUUGUUUUGCAGUUGCUUCCUCUGCCAUGUUGAUGUAUGAUUGGGCACUGACAUUCGGACAAGAGGUCGAACUAAUCUGGAGGCAACGCUGGUCCCUGAUGACUUUUCUAUAUCUCAGUGUGCGCUAUGUUGGAAUAAUUCAUGCCGUUAUCAACAUGCUUAUGAGUCUUCCUAUCUUGGUGACAGAUGCAGUAAGUCAGAUUAUGUACGUUGCACUAUAUUGGAUAGGCGUAACCGUAUUUACAAUGCUGGGCGUCAUCAUGAUUGCUCGGUUGCACGCCAUGUAUCAGCAUUCCAGAACGGUGCUGAUAAUUCUGCUUAUCGCCUUCCUAGCUGUUGCUGUUGUCAAUAUAGUGGUAGCCGCAAUAACGAUGAAGCAUUUUUCAGGGGAAGAGCUUGUUCUCUCCGGGACCUAUCAGUGCGCUAUUAAAUUCGAGGGAGACGCGGUCCUUCUGGGUUCCAUAUCUUGGAUAAUCAGCACUGCAUGGGAGGCCCUCACGCUGUGUCUUGCCGUCCGGAUCGCUGUAAAGCACUCCCGUGAACUACAAAGACAUUCGGCAGGACAGAUUAUAAAGGACUGUUUUACGGUAUUGUUGAAAACUCACGUAGGUUCCUUUGCGAGCAUGCUUCCUGCUGCUUGCUUGAAGCUCGGUUAUAUGUCGCCAACGAUAUCAGCAGACAAAUACUCCCCCGAAACUCGGAUUUAUCUUGGUUUUCUUCAAAUUUUCACGCUUGCUCAGAUGUUUGUGCUGGGACCACGCCUGAUCCUUAGUGUUCGAGAAUAUCAUACUAGGCUCAUGGCCCAUUCAGAUGCAGGUCCCAGCAUGAUUCCAAUGUCUUUCCAGGAGCGCGUGCAUAUAUCAACUGGCGGUGGUGUGUAGCACGGGAAAUACUCGAUAUGAUCUGUACUUGCGGGCUAUUCUGCAGGAAGCGGGAAGGUUUA